GAUCACGCGUCACGGCGCGUUUCCCUAUCAGGUCGCUGAGACGCGUCUCGGCAGGUUGAGGUGCCUUCACAGAAGACGUUGACAUCUCUGCACUCACAUUAACGCUGGCCUCACCAUUUUCAUUCAGAUGCUGGAUAGUACCUUACUCCAGCUAUGAUAUCUCCACGAUUCGUGAUCGAGAAUCUGUCCACAAAGAACGUCACCGUGCUCGCAGCGCACUUGAAUAGUAGAUAUGAAAUUAUCGGCCAUUCUGACGAUGUGCUCUCCGUUCGAUUGGAAGAGGAUCGAGACAGAAAUAUUGAAGAUAGAGACGGUUUGCUUGGCAUACUUGACUUCUGCCCCAACUUCGUGCUUUGCCACGCCAGAACCACCCUGAUGUUGAAGCCUGCACCAACUGCUGGACACCCCAAUGAGUAUUCGGCUAUCGUAGACCCCCAGAAGGGCGGUCCAGCAGCAGUCGCACUCAGAGAUGGCGAUACUUUCUACUUCUCAGAAAAAGAGUUCGCCAUGCAACUAAGGAUCAUGCCAGAGCAUAGUGUCGAGGAAAUUCAAGUCACAUCAUCUCCCCAUGGAGAGCAGGAUUCAGCAAGACAUACAAGUGGGAACGUUCGCGCAAACUCAAGCCGAGCGCAAGCACUUGACGGUUCUUCUCGCGUCACACCCCAUGCAUCUUUCAUCAAGAUUGAUACCGUUGCUGAGACACCCACCAUGAUUGAAGGCCGGCACAGACACGCAUCGAAGUCACCAUUCCUGAACGGGGCUAAUGACGAGCGUCCUCCUGCCACGAUCUCAACUGAAGCUUCCGAUGUCGGCAAAGCUACCCGAAUACCUUUCAAUCAGCGGGUUCGAUCUGUCGCCGCAUCUGAUGGAGAGACAACAGACGAGGAUUCCGAGUCUGAAAAUAUUGAAAACUUUGUGGAUCAGAGCAAACCUGCCGUUGCAAUAAAUGGCGAACCGACACCGUCGGAAGAUGUAUUCUCGACUCCCAUGGACCGCAAUGGACCGACCCGAGCAGAUCAAAAUAAAGAUCAAACAAAAGCAGUCAUUGUUGAGAUAUCUCAAAAUGUACAGUCGCAAUCAAAACGGCGCGCAACAGGGGAAAUCGAGAACGAGAGCAAGGGACCACCCAAGAAGAGGCGACAGAGUCAAACCUCAACUGAUGACACGCCUCAGCGUGCUUUCAAACCAACAAAGAGAGGAGUUGGAAGGCCGAAGAAGGGCGCUGCUUCAGUAUCAUCUGUCACACCGACGAAGCCAGCAGGCUCGUCAAAGCAGUCGCCACCUGGAGCAGCAGGUUCACUAGAGGCUACUAGUCCACGUCCCCGGGUCGCUUUCAGCAGUAGUAGCAAGAUACUUCGAACAUCAGCCCAUAGGAAGUUCUUGACAAGCGUAAAGUGUAAGGUGAUCGACAACGCCUUAGAUGAGGAUUUCGACAUCUUUUGUGUAGGCAACGAUGGACUCAAAAAAACAGGCCAAUUACUCAUGAGCGUUGCUCUUGGACGGCACCUUGUGACUGAUCAUUGGGUCACGGAGAGCAGUAAGACUGGCUACCUCCUUGCAGCGGAACAUUUCCUUCCAAGUGACCCAGAACAUGAAGAUGAAUGGGGCAUGCGUAUAGCGGAUAUAGCUGGAGACUGUCGCACCGAGCUCUUCGCCGACAUCAUCGUCUAUAUCACACCCGCGGCGAAAAAGGCUUACGGCGCUGGCUUUAAAGAGAUCGAGAAGGUUUUAAGGACAGCUGGUGCUAAGGAAGUGGUAUCUGGCUCACAUCGAGAUCUCGAUGAGGAGACUAAAUAUUGCGUCAUUGUCAACGAGAAGUCGGACUAUGAUGCUUCCGCAUUACAGCAGGCCGGACACAAUCUCUAUUCCAAGGACAUCAUCUCGCUCAGCAUACUCCGAGGACACUUAGAUCUGACCAGCGCCGAGUUCCGAAUUGAAGUUGAAUCAGCAAAGAAAGGUGGAAAGAAAGGUCGCUGAAUAUACUGCUUAACGCAGCCCUCAUUCUAGCUUUAUGACACCCCAAGUAACAGAGAGUAUGAUUGCAUGACAUGAUAUACAGCAUUACAAUAACAUACGACCUCAGACGCGAUACUGUUUCCGAAAGUGACAACGCCGAAACCCAGCCCCGCGUGC